GCUCUUCCGGGCGCCAGCCUUCAGGUUUGGCUUUGAAGAGCAGCAGCGCCGUGGUUUUGUGUACCGCGCUUGGAGUGCUGCUGCAGGGAGCUGAGUAGGGAACUUGGGCGAGCUGGGAAACCACGACAUGGACGCAGUGACCUACAGUGAUGUGCAUGUUGAUUUCACUUUGGAGGAGUGGGCUUUGCUGCAUCCUUCCCAGAAGAAUCUCUACAAAGAUGUGAUGUUGGAGACCUAUACAAACCUCGCUGCUAUAGGCUACAAAUGGGAAGAUCAUAAAAUUGAAGAACAUUGUCAAAGUUCUCGAAGACAUGAAAGGCAUGAAAGAAGUCAUACUGGCGAAAAACCUUCUGAAUAUACACAAUGUGUUAAAGCCUUUCCAUGUCACAGUCAUCUUCAAUGGCAUAAAAUAAUUCAUACUGGAGAGAAACCCUCUGAAGUUAUUCAAUAUGGUGAAGCCUUUGCAUGCCAAAUCAGUCUCCGAACACAUAAAAGGACACAUACAGGAGAGAAACCCUAUGAAUGUAAUCAUUGUGGUCAAGCCUUUGCAUGUCUCAAGAGUCUCCAAACACAUAAAAGAAAACAUACUGGAGAGAAACCCUAUGAAUGUAAUCAAUGUGGUAAAGCCUAUGCACAACACAGUAGUCUUCAAACACAUAAAAGAACACAUACUGGAGAGAAACCCUAUGAAUGUAAUGAGUGUGUUAAAGCCUUUGCAUGUCACAAGAGUCUUCGAACACAUAAGAGAAUACAUACUGGAGAGAAACCCUAUGAAUGUAAUCAAUGUGGUAAAGCCUUUGCACAACGUAGUAGUCUUCAAACACAUAAAAGGACACAUACAGGAGAGAAACCCUAUGAAUGUAAUCAAUGUGGUAAAGCCUUUGCACAUCUAGUCAGUCUCCAAAUACAUAGAAGAACACAUACUGGAGAGAAACCCUAUGAAUGUAAUCAAUGUGGUAGAGCCUUUGCACAAUACAGUAAUCUUCAAACACAUAAAAGAACACAUACUGGAGAGAAACCCUAUGAAUGUAGUGAGUGUGAUAAAGCCUUUGCAUGUCACAAGAGUCUCCGAAAACAUAAAAGAAUGCAUAAUGGAGAGAAACCCUAUGAAUGUAAUCAAUGUGAUAAAGCCUUUGCGCAGCACAGUCAUCUUCAAAGACAUGAAAGAAAACAUACUGGAGAGAAACCCUAAAAAUGAUGUAAUCAAUGUGAGAAAGACUUUGCAUGUAUCAAUAGUCUUCAAAAACAAGCAAAAAUCAUACUGCAGAGAAACCCUCUAAAUGUAGUCAGUGUAGCAAAGUUUUGCAAAUCAUGGUAGUCUUUAUACAAGAGUAAAUAUUUUACUAUGUAAUUGGUAUAUUAAAGCCUAAAAACUCAUACCAAAGGGAAUCCGAAAAUAAAUCAUUUGGUAAGAUCUUUAGUCAACACACCUAUGUUCAGUUACAGAAGAUUAUUUAUUCUGGAGAAAAUCUGUUCAAGCGUUAUGUUGUCCCUCUUUAUUUUGUUUAUACUGGCAAACCCACAUGGACAAAAGGCCUAUAAAAUGUAAAUGAUAAGCUAUCCCCUUUAGAUUUCAUACUUCAGUUACAUGAGAUAAUCAAUCCAGUGUAAAACUUAAUGAGUAUGUGUUAGUGCCUUUUCUGUUCCUGUUAUUCAACGUCAUGUCUAAGUGAACUUAUGAAAGGGUUUGAUUUGACCCUUGGUUCCAGGGCGAUAGAGCAUCAACAUAAAAGUGGCAUGGAAUCAGGUGUCAGACACGGCAACUAAAGUAGGAAGGUAAGAAUUCACAAACUUAACCUGCAGCAUGAAGUAGAAAGUGUAAACUGAAAAUGGUGUGCAGAUGUUCUCUCUCAGGCCAACCCCGGUGACAUUCUUCCUGCAGAGCAGCAUGACGUAAAUUUUCAGCAAUGAUUUUACAGACUGAGAAUGAUGAUUCAUGACUUCAAGUGUACAUGCUUGCUUUCUGUUACAUGAACCAAUUCAUGAUGGAAAAAAAACUCUGUAAGCCUUUAGAUGCCUCAACACCUGUGUCACAGGAGUUACAAGAGAAAAUAUUCAUGAGUGAAAUUUAGUUUAAAGAUUUGUUUUAGUUUUAAUUAUGCAAUGUCACUGAGUCUUUGUGUGGGUAUGUGCAUGUACAUUCUGUUUCCUAAGAAUGUUAGACCCUUGGAGCUUCUUGUAGCAGGGAUUAUUGGAAGUUCUCAAAAACCUGACGUUAGUCCAGGGAAUGAACUAAUAUUAAGGGCUCGGUCAUGUUUCUAGCUUUGUAAAUAUUUUAAAGCUUUUUUUCAUAUCGGGGGAAAUAUGGAGGAACUCACACAAGAAAAAAAACCUAUCCAUGUAAAUGAUUUGGUAAGUACUUUAGACUUAACAGUUGUCUCAGUUUCAAGAAAACAAACUUGUUUUAUCUCUCUUUCAAUAUAGCCUUGAAGUGAGUAAAUUAUGUACCAAGUUCACUAAAGAGUGAUGUGAAGAUCACAUUGUGGCUUCUAUUUUGCAACAUUUGAGGAUUUCUCUGUGUGGCUUUGGCUGUCCUGGAGCUCAUUCCGCCAAUCUGACCUGGAGUUCAUAGAGAUCUGCCUGCCUCUGCAGGUGCUGGAGAAGUGUGGUUGGUCUGCAAUGUCGAAAUGCUGGAACUUUGGCAAGCAGCAAUGGUCACCAUGUGGUCCACACCAUUAUUUCACAACAUAGUUUCAUGUGCUAUGGAUAUGUAUCUAAGUAAUUAUUUUUUGAAAUUACAUUCUUAUUAUGUCCCCAUUAUUUUCCCAUGGGGUACUUCACCUUGAUGUACUGCCUUCAAAGGGGACUAUCCAGAAAUGCCUUACAAUGUAAUAGCAAUGAGAUUUAUUAAAAACAAAACAAAAAACAUUCUA